CUGAAAAACCGGCAUGUCGUUAUCACUGGAGGGUCAAGCGGUAUCGGCAAAGCAGCCGCGAUUGAAGCGGCGAAAUUGGGGGCAAACGUAACAAUCAUUGGACGUGAUCUUCAAAAACUUAUUUUGGCUGUCGGUGACAUAACAAACCACUGUAAACCUUACAGCGGCCAGAAAAUACAAUACGUGGUACUAGAUGUUACUUCUGAUUACGAUUUAAUAGAGAAAUGUUUCAAAAAACUCGAGUCGGACAUCGGUCCUAUAUUUAUGCUUAUAAACUGUGCUGGAACGUGUAUUUGUGGGGAGUUCGAUGAAGUUGAUGUUAAAGUAUUAAAACAAAUGAUAGAUCUGAACUAUUUUGGCACUGCUUAUCCUACUAGAUGCGUUCUACCUGGUAUGAAGAAACGGAAUGAGGGGAUCAUAAUUUUCGUUUCUACUGAAGCAGCUUUACUAGGUAUAUAUGGCUACAGUGCUUACGGUGCAGCUAAAUGGGCUGUCCGUGGAUUGGCAGAAUCAGUAUUCAUGGAGCUUACAGGAACGAAUGUGAGACUGACGCUAGCAUUUCCACCGGAUACUGACACUCCUGGAUUCGAAAAGGAGGAAUUGACUAAACCGAAGGAAACCAAAUUAAUAUCCGGUUCUGGUGGGUUACAUACAGCCGAGGAUGUCGGCAAGAAAAUGAUUCAAGAUGCACUGAACGGCAGGAUCUAUUCUGUAUUUGGCUUCAGUGGUCGUUUGCUAUCUACCCUCUACUGUGCUACUAUAGAUGGGCCAUUACAAGUUAUUCUACAAAUACUAACAUUGGGUUUACUUCGUGGGAUCAUGGUUGUACCCCAGCUAUCAUUCCAGAAGAUAGUGAAAGAUGGUCUAAAAGAAAAAUGCUUAGAAAGUGAUAAGGAUAAAUAG